CCCCGUCAGGUUUAGGGUCGGGGCGCGUGCCUCCGCCAGGGGUCAGCUGACGAGGCGCCCUCGCCGUGGGCUUCACUUCAGUUCAGUUCACUUUACUUCCCCCCCUCACGCACGCACGCAGGACGCAGCACGCAGGACGCAGCCCGCAACCCACGACCUCGGAGGAGCGAGCGCGGGAGCGAGUAAGCCCGGGCGCAGGUUUUCACCGUUUCCUCCCUACUCUCAUCCCUGCUGUUGGCCGAGAUGGAACGGCUCGAGAAGACGACGCAGAGCGCACUGCAGCCGCCCGAGCAGAGAAAUGAAGGCUCAUUAACAUCGACUCUGAAGACUCUUCUGGUUUUCACAGCUUUAAUGAUCACCCUACCUAUUGGAUUAUAUUUCUCUUCUAAAUCUUAUGUGUUUGAAGGUUUCUUGGGGAUGUCCAAUGGAGACAGUUAUUUUUAUGCUGCAAUUGUUGCUGUUAUUGCUGUUCACGUGGUACUUGCGCUCUUUGUCUACGUCGCAUGGAAUGAAGGUUCACGCCAGUGGCGGGAAGGCAAACAAGAUUGAAAGGCGCAUCACCUUUUGAUAAUGGAUAGAAAAAUGAAAAUAGUGUUGUCUUUCAGUGCAAGAUCUCCUUCCAACACACAGGUUCUGAAUGGAAAGUGUGGAACCUCCUGAACUUCCUGCAAAAGGAUCCUUUUUAGGCCAAGAGUUGAUAGUCUUCUGGAAGAGUCUUUGAUAUCAGUUGCUUCAUCUUAAGUGGAACUCUUGCUUACUAUCUACAUAUGUUAUACAAUUCUUUUUACACCAUUCCUAGACUUUUUCUUAUUCCCUGGGCAUCUUUUUUUCCCCCUAUUUUUAAGGUGAAUUUCUAGUGUGAGAUUCCAAUAUUUUUUUUUCUGCGACUCCCAAGUGUUCACCCAGGGUAUGGGGUUCCCACUGUUUGUCAUGUGCUUACCUAAGCAGGUAAACAAAAGCAAAGGCUCUAGUCACUACUGUUAGAAUGAGGUCCUGAAAACCAGUGUUGAGAAAGAACAAAAAUCAUCUUAUUUUCCAAGCAGCUGUUUUCCCAACGAUGGAGCCUCCUACUGUUUUGCAUUCCAUAGAUGGUCAAUGACAAAUAGGACUGUUUUGGAAAGUGUUUACGAAGAGUUUCUUUUGCACAAUGUAUGUGCCUCAUAUAAAACAUCUUAAUAAAGACUUGUGUUUUGAACCCUUGCAAA